AUGAUGAAAUUUGUUUGGUUUUUAUAUUUUUCCACAUUGGUAACAUUAAUUUCUAGUAAUGAGAGAGAUUAUUUCUAUAGAGAAUUUUAUCCAAGUUCGGAUAGACAUAAUGAUUAUUAUUCACAUGAAAACUAUGAAGAUUAUGAUGAAUACUCGCCGUAUAAUGAUUAUAAUAACGGGAAUGAAUAUGAUUAUUAUUCGAAUGAUGGUUAUAACAACUAUGAUUAUAAUUAUGAAGAUCAUUCACAUCAUGAAUAUGAUGACACUAAAGAACCAGAAGGAUAUGAAGAACACUCUGACUAUAGAUACCCUCCAAAUCCCCAUGAUCAAUAUGAAACUAAUGAAGGAAAUAAUUAUGAUGGUAACUAUCCUGAUGAUUAUAACAAUGUUUAUCAUAACAAUAAUUACAAUGUUGGAGGUAAUGAUAAUCAUCGAACUCCAGAUAAUGGUAAUCAUCAAACACAGUCACCUGGUUAUAAUGCUUAUCAAAAACACGAAAGAGAUACAUACAGAUAUCAGGACUAUAUAUUAAAUCAUUGGAAUAGUCAUCCACCACAUACAAAUUAUGAUUAUCAAUAUUACCGAGUGAAACCAAAUAACUAUGAUGAGUAUACGGAUAACAGUAAAGAAAACAGUAAGGAAAGACGAGAAAAUCCAUCACCUCGUACUACUAUGAAACCUGGUAAUGAUGAAUUUAGCUUUUGA